UUAGGUAAAGGAAAGUGAGUCGAAGGAAGAGUGGCAAAAAGAAAAACUGCACUCGGAAGUAGCAUAAUCAUGAAAAGACCAUAGAGCUGAAACAGAAAGGAAGUCCAAGAUAAUUCACGUGUCUGGAUAGAGAGCGAAAUGUCCGCUUCCCUGCUAAGAAAGGGACUGGAGCUGCUGGAGACGGCGGGAGUGUCCGACUCCGCCUCUCAAAGACCAGGGACCGCUGCCCGACCCAAUAAUGGGUUGAAAAAGAAGAAAAAGAAGAGUUCAAGGUCCAAAAGAGACAAAGCCACAAUCAAAGGAAGAAUUAUCAAAUCUGCAUUAGAGGAAUAUCAAAAACAUCAAGCAACUGACCACUUUAAGAAGAACAUGCAAUAUAUGUUGGGUACUCAUUUUGUGGCAGACAGUACAAUUACUGAAAAGAUUUUAACCCAAAAUAGAGGGAGAAAAGCUAAAGACCACCCUGUAGAAAAAGUGAAGAAGAAGCCAGAAGGAACUGUCUUCACUGAAGAAGACUUCCAGAGAUUUGAGAGAGAGUAUUUUGGAAGAGCUGGAACAAUCUGACAAAAAAAACCCUCAUUGCUAAAAAUAUCAGCCUCAGUGAGCAAAUGCGUGCCAGUCUUAUUAUGGUUGGGAAGUACGUCUAUUAUAAGGUUACAGUAUUUCUACAUAUGGUCUGCUCGAUUGUUGCACUUGAUAUGGAAUGACGGUUUGUGCCAAGAGUAGAGAAUCCAGAUCUUUGAUGCUGAGUUUGGAUAUAUGACUGUUAAGAUUAUCUUUUGACUCUGCUAGAAAAAAAUAUCUAUCUUGAACCAGACAAAACAGUCUUUUGUCACAUUUGUUAGGAGUAAAUUAAAUUAACAAGUACUUUCUAUAGAUAUGGAAGAGAGAAUUUGGAUUGCAUGUUGCAAUAUCAGAGCUGAAAGAAUAUGCCUUAUUACACAAAGUUACACUUCUGGGUAGUAAUAUGAAACCUUGAUUUAAUUCAUAGCCAAAUAUUUUAGUUCAUUUAUAACAACAUAGAAACAGUUAUUUAUAGGCAUUUGAAGUGCUUCCGCAAGGAUAUCAAUUAUUUUUGCUAUACUUAAGAUGCAAGUAUGUCACUUUUUGUGAUACCUUUUAGGAAAAGGGCACCUCUGCAAUACUCUUUUCUUCUCAAAAUGUAGUAUGUAUAAUUUCCUACCAUAUUGUUAGUUACUUUACAAGUGUUUUUUGAGUUUAUUCAAUGUGUCAUUUGUCAUUUUUUUAAUAAAUGAUUUUUUUUAAUAGAAAUAAGAUGGCCAAUUACACCAGACCGUUCAGGCAAAAAAUUGUUUCUGAAGUACCAGAAAUAAAUAGCCUAAGUAUAUUAUAUCAUUUUUAGAAGCAAGCAGAUAAAAGAAAAAUUAAAAGAAUUUUUUCAAGAACAAGAGUGGGUCAGAGGGAUAAUCAAAUGUUAAACAGUGGUUGGAAAAUUCAUAUUGAUGCAAUAUUUAUAGUAGUAAAAUUAUGCAUUAUUUCAUAACUGCAGUUACUACCUAAGAACAGUAAUUUGUGCAUUUUACUAAAAUCAUGCAAACACACUGAAACAUGGUUUUUUUCAUCCCUUACUCAUUACUUUAAUUGGGUUUGGGAUAAUCUAUUUAAUUUUUUUUUAACUUUUGUAUUAUGUGUUUCUUUUAAUGUUGUACACCGCCCUGAGUCCUUGGGAGAAGUGCGGCAUAUAAAUCUAAUAAACCUAAACCUAAACCUACUAGCAUUAAGCUAAUUAUUAUAUGCAUCAUCCAUUGUAAUUCUUUUUCACUAGUAGGAUGUGGUUAUCAGAGUUUUUUGCAUCACACCUUUAAUAUUUUUACAAAUAAUUCAAGAUGGUGAACAUAUCCACACCUUCCUCCUUCUGUUUUCCCCACAAUAAUUGUGUGUAGUAGUCUGGGCUGCGAGAGAGUGACCAGCCCAAAAUCAUAACUCAGAAUAAAAUCAUGUUUGAAAAUAUUUCUGACUGAAAGUGCACAAUACUUCAGAUUUACAUGGAGUUGGCUACACAGUGGCAUUUGACUUGCAAAACCCAACCCGUUUAGUUAAUUUGUAGUUCAGUGUACUGGAUGAAUCGAGGCAACUAUAUACAUUAAGUAGUUGACAAGGUUACUGUUAACCACGUUAGUAUGUUGAGCAAACAUACUAAUACUUGAAGUUAUAAUCCUGAAAAAAGCUUUAAUAAUGUUUUCUCCUAUUUAUUCUUUUCAAAAGAGAGUAAUUGUGAAAUAAACUUUUCUAAUUUUCAAAUUAUAUAAAGCAAAUAUUUAUUUUAAAAAAUUACAAAGCUUCCCAACUCAGUGACACUGGGUGGCUGAAAUUAUUCUAUUUUGUGGGAAGGAGAAAAACGUUUUCACAUUGUACUAACUGAAUAUGCAUUUUUGUGGUAAAAUUAACCAAUUUUUAUAGGUUUCCCUAAUGUACAAUCCUAAAUUAUCCAGAUAGUUAAAUUAUUCUAUCAUGCUAGGCUACAGUUAUUAGUUUGUAGCUGAGCAUGUGCAUGAAAGAUGCUGGUAUAUUUUAACCAUUAGCCACAAGCAAUGAUUCAUAGGAAGUCUCUCUUUUCCCCUAAAUACUGCCAAUACCUUUUCCCCCCUCCACCCACCCACACCACCUAAAUCAGCUUUGCUAGAAUCAAUUUCAGUUCAUAUUUCAGUUCAUGUUUGGAACAAAAUAGCCCCAGCCUCAAACAUCUGAAAAACAGGCCAGGAGGCGCUGUUUCUCAGUUGCUGCUUAAUACACUGUAAAGGAACUUUAUUUGGAUAUUUUAAUAUUUAACAAAUGUUAUCUACAGUUAGCUUUUUAUUUAAUUUUUUAUAGCUUUUUAUUUAAUUACACAAUUACCUGUAUCUACAAUUAGCUUUAGCAUUUAGUGAUUACUAUGUAGUGAAGCUACUUGUUAAGACAGCUGUAGGAGGAAGUCUGAAUCGUUUGAAAGACUUAAAACAAUCUCCAAUUUAUUGGUACCAAUCAUUUAUACAUUUCAUUUAACAAAUACAAAAUUGCUUAAAUGGUAGUUAAUGUAUGUUGCUCACAAAUUUAUUAAAGUUUACUGUGGUUAGAAUGAA